GCCCGUCCUGUGGUUCUCACCAUGCCUGCUAUCAGCCGUCACUAGCCGAGGCAGCGCGACGGGCGCGUGCUAACUGCUAACUGCAGCGGGCAGGCACUAUCAGUUGGUUCAGUUCCUGUGCUCUGUCCGAGAUAAGAAGACGUGUCGCGAUGCGAUGGAACCGUCGCGAGACGGCUGUGCGAGGGUGCACGCUUCCCGGCACAGCUGCAUCGGCGGAACGGCCGCAGACGAGCCCGCAGCUCCCAUGACUGGUGCUGGGCAGUGGGCAGCUCCGUGACUGGUGCUGCUGCUGGUGCUGGCGCUAAGCAGUGCUGAAUGAGAUAGACCGUGCAGCUGAACCGAUUGUUUACAAACAGUGCCGGACAUGUCUCUCUGGGCGGUGCGUCUCGCCCUGCUCUGCGACUGGCUUACCAUCGGUCCGUCGGUGGCCCUGAAGCUGCCUCAGCUGGUAUCCCUCCUCCGAGACGGCUCCACGGCCGGUCUGAGCGUCAGCUCCGCCGUGCUGGAGCUGGCCAGCUGCUCCAUCCAGCUCUGCUAUCACCUGCGGCACGGCUACAUCCUCACCAGCUAUCUGGAGCACCUGCUGCUGGCGCCGCAGCUGCUGGCCAUCCUCCUCCUCCUGCUGGCUCGCCGCGGGCUGCUGGGCGCGCCGCAGCUGCUGGUGCUGGCCAGCGCUGCGCUGACGGCGCUGGCGCUGGCCGCCGGGCCUCUCCCGCUCGGCCUGCUGACCUUCCUACUGCAGCUGGACCUACCGAUCGCCUGGAGCGGCAAGGUGUCUCAGCUGGGGGCCGUGGUGCGCGCGCGCAGCGGCCGCGCCGUCAGCAGGCUCACCUGGCUGCUGGCGGCGCUCACCUGUGUCACACGGCUGCUGACCACCCUGCUGCGCACCGGCGACCGGCUGCUGCUGAUCAGCUUCACCGGCAGCCUGCUGCUCAACCUGGCCGUGCUGGUGGCGGCCACAGUGUUCCGCCGCCGGCCGGCCGACUAGACCGACAGUGAACAGAGGUCAUUAUCGGCGGACAUAACUGUGGGCGGAUAUAACGAUUUGUCGGCGGAUAUAACGAUUCGUCGGCGGAUAUAACGAAUCGUCGGUGGACAUAACGAUUUGUCGGCGGAUAAAACGAUUUGUCGCUGGAUGGAACUUUUUUUGUCUGGUGUGGGCUGCCGACCGUCUAUAGUCAGUCUUCUCUAUAGAGAAGACCGACGGCGGACGGAAUCGAUAUAAUUGUCACGCUUGUCACACCCAGAAACAGUGUUUAUGAAAAGAGAGAAGGUGUAUCAAAUCAAUUAUAUUGUAUUCAGUGAUAUAAAACAUGCCUCGUUGCGUCCCGCUAGGCGUCUACAUACGUUUGUUGCGAGUGCAGCCCGCUCUUUGAGCUUAUUCGGUCCCGUGACCGGAUGUCUUAUUUAGACACAUGUCUCAGAUAUUGAAAUGUAUCCUUGCUGGUGA